UCUUCAAGUUUUCUGCCCAAAAAAGAAAAAAAGAGAAGGCAAAAAAUGGGUUUGAACUCCAACAGAGUUGACAACCUUGCAUGCCACGAAACCACUAUCAGAAUCCCAACCGAGGCAAUGCCACCGGUAGAGAUUCACAAGGUUUGCUUGCCUCCAAAGCAAACCACCUUCCAAAAACUCAAGCACAGACUCUCAGAGAUCUUCUUCCCAGAUGAUCCACUUCACAGAUUCAAAAACCAAACUUGGUUGAGAAAAUUGAUUCUGGUUCUUCAAUUCUUCUUCCCAAUUUUCCAGUGGGGUCCUGAGUACAAUGUUAGCCUUCUCAGGUCUGAUGCCAUUUCUGGACUCACCAUUGCUAGUCUGGCAAUCCCUCAGGGAAUCAGUUAUGCAAAGCUUGCAAAUUUGCCUCCUAUAAUUGGUUUAUAUUCAAGUUUUGUUCCUCCUCUGAUAUAUUCACUUUUGGGGAGUUCUAGACAUCUUGGUGUUGGUCCAGUUUCAAUAGCCUCUUUAGUGAUGGGAUCAAUGCUAAGUGAAGCAGUUUCUAGUAGUGAGGACCCAGUUCUUUACCUUAAACUGGCUUUCACCGCUACCUUCUUUGCUGGUUUAUUUCAGGCCUCUCUGGGUCUUCUAAGAUUAGGAUUCAUUAUUGAUUUUCUAUCGAAAGCGACUCUGGUUGGGUUUAUGGCUGGUGCUGCUGUAAUUGUAUCGUUGCAACAGCUGAAAGGGUUGCUUGGAAUCGUUCACUUUACAACCAAAAUGCAAUUUGUUCCUGUCAUUUCGUCCGUUUUCCACCAGAGAGAUGAGUGGUCUUGGCAAACCAUAUUAAUGGGCUUCAGUUUCCUGGUGUUUUUGUUGACAGCAAGACAUAUAAGCAUAAGAAGACCUAAACUGUUCUGGAUUUCGGCAGCUGCCCCCUUAACAUCGGUUAUUCUCUCCACACUUAUAGUCUUCCUCUUGAGUUCAAAGUCACCAAAAAUCUCAGUAAUUGGAAAUCUUCCAAAGGGGCUUAAUCCUCCCUCAUCAAACAUGCUUUAUUUCAGUGGAAGCUAUUUGGCAAUAGCUAUCAAAACUGGCAUUGUAACUGGGAUUUUAUCCCUUACCGAAGGAGUUGCUGUGGGAAGAACAUUUGCAUCCCUGAAAAACUACCAAGUUGAUGGAAACAAAGAAAUGAUGGCCAUAGGUUUCAUGAACAUAGCUGGCUCUUGCUCUUCCUGUUAUGUUACUACAGGAUCAUUUUCUAGAUCUGCAGUAAACUACAAUGCUGGAGCACAAACAACAGUUUCAAACAUAGUAAUGGCUUCAGCAGUUCUUGUGACUCUGCUGUUUCUCAUGCCACUGUUUUAUUACACUCCUAAUGUCAUCUUGGCUGCCAUCAUCAUAACAGCCGUGAUUGGGCUAAUAGAUUACGAGGCUGCUCUUCGAUUGUGGAAAGUUGACAAGCUCGAUUUCUUGGCUUGUUUAUGUUCCUUUUUUGGCGUUCUGUUCAUUUCUGUCCCUCUUGGCCUUGCUAUUGCGGUUGGAGUUUCAGUUUUCAAGAUUCUCCUGCAUGUGACCAGGCCAAACACCAUGGUUUUAGGAAAUAUUCCAGGAACUCAAAUAUACCAAAAUCUCAGCAGAUAUAGAGAAGCCAUAAGGAUUCCUUCAUUUGUUAUACUUGCUGUUGAAUCACCCAUCUAUUUUGCAAAUUCGACUUACCUGCAAGAAAGAAUAUUAAGAUGGGUUAUGGAGGAAGAAGAGAGGAUAAAGGCAAGCAACGAAAGCAAACUAAAAUGCAUAAUUUUGGACAUGACAGCUGUGACAGCAAUCGACACCAGUGGCAUAGAGCUGAUACGCGAACUCAGAAAGUUGCUGGAUAAAAGAUCACUGCAGUUGGUCUUGGCAAAUCCUGUUGGAAGUGUGAUGGAAAAGCUGCAACAAUCAAAAGUUUUGGAAUCGUUUGGGUUGAAUGGACUGUAUCUAACAGUUGGAGAAGCAGUAGCCGACAUUUCAUCAGUGUGGAAGGCUCAGCCAUGACUUGGUGCAGGAGACAUUGGUAAGACGCCAAUAGAGAUGACUAACACUGCCCCGAAUACAAGCUGGCAGUUUUAGAAAGAGGUUCACCGAGACAACGGCUUUGCUCCUUUGUAAUUUUUCUUUAUUGUGAGAAAUAUGAGGCGAAGGCAUAUUUUCCCUGUAGGAGAUUUUGAUGUUUUUCUCUCUUUUCAAUCCCUUUCAUGGCCUUUUGGCUACCAUCAAAUGCAGUUGUAACUCCCUAAAUUUUACUUAUUGCACCAAGUUCUUGGUCCUGUGGUUCUGACUUCA